AACCUGAGAAAAAAAGUGCUCCAAAAUUCAGCGGGAAUUAUUUUACCAAAGGGGAUCUGGAACUAGGGUGAAUUCGAAGAAAAUGGCUGCCCGAUCCUUGUUUUUGGAGGAGUUUGGUUGAAUAAAAAGAUGGGAGAAUAGAGAGAGAAUUUCACGCGAGCUAGCUUCAUCCAGGUGAUUUUAUACCACCGUAGACAUGGCACAGUGUUCUCAAACAGCAUUCGAGUUUAUACAAGGAGCUUACGGGCCAAUGAUCGCCGUAUUAUGUACCGAGGAUGCAGAAAUUGUGUGCCAAAAGAAUAACUUGAAUUUUGUGGAGCUUAUUCGACCAUUCUCGCAGUUAACAAGCGAAGCUCACAUCCGAGAUCCAUUAAACAACACACACCCAGUAAAAGGCUGGAAACUUCGGUUUGUUGAACUGUCUGCACCAACUCCAUCAAAAGAUGUUGUCAAUCAGCUAUUGAAUGAUGUUGUUUCAAAGUCUCGGGGGCCAGACAAACCAGGAGCCUUGUCAGUCAUGGAUCAAAUGAAAGCAUCCACCCCCUGGUUUGAGGCAUUUCGAGAUUGCUUUAUUCAGAUGGUCAAGCCAUCUGAUCAUGAAUUUAUCCGUCACUUUCUGGGUUGUUUGUUCGUGGUCUCAUCCAAUAAUACAGAUCCACUAAACGCCUUUCAAUCACUGAGUUCUGCCCUUGAUAAUCAACAACCAUCUGAUAGCAUCCAUUCAAAAUGGUUUUCAACACAUAUUUUUAAAUAUUAUCUAAUGAUUCAUGAUGUGACAGAUGGAGUGCAGACAAAGGCUGAGGGUAUUUAUCAAAGUAUGAAGUCAUAUUAUGGUUCAAGUAUAUGUCACAUGCUCAUGAUCAAUUCUCGAAGUGCAGAACAACACAGUCCAAAUCUACCUGAUCCCUGGUCUCAGUUUAUCAUCUCAACCGGCGAAGAUACUUUGAAGAUGAUGAAUGAUGAAACAGACAGUGAAAUUGCUGUUGAAAUUGAAGAAGAUGAGGUUGUUGUUGAUGAGAAUUUUGACCCUCUGGUUGCGGUAAAAAGCAGUAACGAGACAUCCCCUCCUCUGAUUGGUCCAUUAUCAUUUGAGAAUGAGGACGAGAAGAAAAUCAAGGAUGACCAUCUUGAGGAGAAUGACAUUGAUGGUCGUAAAACAGGCUCACCUGUCCACAGUGGGACGAGACAAUUCUCAGGGGGAUUGUUGAGUCAAGUUGGGAGUGCCAGUGGACAGCAUGGGGCUCGCUUGACAAUAAGUGACCAUGAUAGAAUAAAGAUUUUUAUCCAUGAACUUGCAAUACGAGGUCUUAUACCUUUUAUAGAACGAUCAAUGAGAUUUCUUUAUGAGCAGAUAACCGCGCGAAAAGGUCUUCACAAGUCAUUCUUUCACGCGACUAAGAAAUGGUUUGGUGGAGGGAAACCGGUUGGACAGACGAAUACAAGUCUUGUCCCAGGAAUAAUAUACGAGAGCGAUUCUGCCGAACUUCUGUGGCGGAAACUUGGCGACCUUGCGUUCCUGGUGCAGAAUUACGAGCUGGCCUACAACUGCUAUCACGCAGCCAAACGUGAUUACAACACGAACCACGCGUGGCUGUAUUUUGCUGGAGCACUGGAAAUGGCGUCAAUUUCGGCUUUCAUGGCUGGUGGUCAGCGGCAGUAUCCAUCGCAUUAUAUGGAAACGUCAAUCUCCACAUAUAUCGAUGCUUGCAGACAACACCAAUUUGCCACCAGGGCGACGUUGUUUGGUGUUGAGGCGUUUAAAAGUCGUGGGAUGUAUUCAGAAGCAGCGUUUGCCCUUUUGAAAAUGACAGGAGAGGAAUCAGAUUUACUCAGCGCCAUUCUCCUUGAGCAAGCCGCGCAUUGCUUCCUUCGUACCAACCCUCCGCGCGUUCGUAAAUAUGCAUUCAACAUGAUCCUGGCCGGCCAUCGUUUUAGCAAAGCCUCUCAGCGAAAGCAUGCGUUAAGAUGCUACAAACAUUCUCUUUCUAUUUAUCAUAAAUCAUGGCGAAUGGCUGAGGACCACAUCAAUUUCAUCAUCGGCCGUCAGUCGUUCAAUCUUCGGCAGCUCGAAGAUGCUCUGCUGGCAUUCAGAGAACUUUUGCUGGGAGAAAGUUUACAAACUGCCGACCAACAGGCUUCAUACUUGAGGGAAUAUCUCUUCGUGUUUCAGCAACUCAACGCACAAAAGCAGGAAACUACUUCAUCAGUGAAACAACUUCCAAUUCUACCGCUUCCUAAACUUACGACCAACUCAGCUCGAAUAAUCUUCACAUACAACCCUUCGGCAUCGCCCGCGGACUCCUCGGAAAACACGAACACUGCACGACCGUUGCUGGAACAAGCUCUGGUCGGUAAUCCAUUUGAACCGGUGAAGAAUUCAGAUAAAAUCCACGUCGUUGGCUUACAUUCGUUUCAAGACAUACUGAAUCUCGACGCUACGAAAUGGGAACAGAUUGAGCUGGAGACUUAUGAACGAGUUAGUCGUAUCCAGGCUCCGCCAAACUUUCGGCAUUUUACGCCAUGUCUUACGAACGCAACAAAUAACGUGUCCCAACCACGAAGCAUUGUAAAUGAAACAAUUGGCGUGGAAGUGAUGUUGGAAAAUGAGUUACGGAUACCUUUGACAUUGAGUAACAUGACGUUGCUGUGGACGUUCAUCCCUGAAGGAGAAAACGAAGAGAAACGCAUUGGAAAUGAGCUCGAGAUGCACGUUGAUUUUGUCCACACUGAAGUAAUUAAACAAUUCUCAAUCGCAGGAAAUGAAACGAAACCGGCUCGACUCUCCAUAGUGCCUCUAUGUAGUGGUAACCUGAAGAUUACUGGAAUUAGAUACAGUCUUGGUAGUGCCACUUUAAGUGAGUCUGUGGAUCUAAUCAAUACAAAGGUUUCUGCGACCGCUGAUCAGAUAUCUGCAGUCUGUGUUCUUGGAAGACUGGAUAUCAGCGUACGUGGAGCAAGGUUGAACGGUACUAAGGUUGAGAGAUCUUCGGUUAUCUACGACGAAGACAAUAGAUUAAAUAUUAUCAUUGUCGAACCAAUGCCAAGACUAGAGGUAACUUUCUCGGGUUUUCCCAGCUCGCUGCUCUGCUGUGAACUUCAGAAAGUCAACGUAACAUUUUCAAACAAAGGAGAAGGGCCACUUCAUAAACUACAUUUGGCCUCCACAAACGCUAAUUUAUUUACAUUUGACGGUGCUAAUACGAAUAAUGAAGACAUUACUAUGACAGAAUUUCAAGAAAAGCAACAAACACGAUCUGUGGAACGUGUUUCUAAGAUACCCCUGCCUGACGGUCGUCUUGAAGCAGAUGAUAAAAUUGAAUAUGUUAUGUGGAUUCAGGGCGGACGAAAAUCUGGGAUUUCGAGCGAAAAAUUACUGUUUUACUAUGAAUCAUCUGAUGAAAAUCCUAGUAUGAGUCACAGGACGGUUCGUCAUCAGUCCACUAUAAAGACCAACAAAUCACUCGUAGUCCGAGCGACUGCUAAGAGAUGUAAAGUAGCUUCACACGAGGACAACGGACAAGGACCCAACGUCUGGGAUAUUUUAUAUUGCAGAAGCAAUGAAGAAAGCAAUCAACUUGUGGUUACAUUGGAAGUCGAAAAUUUAUCCUCGCAUGACGCGCAGUACCGAACGUUCUCCGUGUUGCAAGUGUCGUGUGUGAGCAAAAAAUGGCUUCUGAAACCUUUGAGCCAUCAAGAACAAGAUGGUUUGAUCGUUAUAAACCAAGGCGAGACUGUUAUGACGCAUUUUAAAGCUGUGAAAAGACCUCAAGUUUCUGAUAUCGGCAUAAAUAAUUUAUCUUUUACUGACAAAGAGAAGGAUAUUUCGCGUCUGCCGUACUGGGAGUUUUUCCGUCGUUCCAAUACGUGGAAAGAACUGAACGAGUUUGAAACACGAACAGACGGCACAAUGAGUGUUGAUUUAGCUCUCGUUGUACUGUGGGAGUCUUCCUACAUCGAUUCUCAGUUUUCCAAACACACUGUUCUUGGUCAAAGCGAUGUAGCCGUUGUUACGUUGGCAGAGUCCAUUUCUGCACCAAUCUUGGCACAGCCUUCGAAGAGACUGAGUUUAAUAUCGCCUUCCGCCGAUGUAACAACACCCGGCAAUACUGAGCUUUACAUCAAGUAUACAGUGCAGUGUCCAGGGACAGUCACGUAUGAUUUUAAGAAGCAAAGGUUUUGUGAGGUUACAGUAAAUGUUACAUUGCACAACUGCAGUUCGUUGACCCUAGUGGCAUUUGUGGAAAUGUUAGCGCAUCGUUUGGAAAGUGAUAACGAUGGCAGCGCUUCUCGAAAAGAGGGAAAAGGACAGGGUAAAUUACCCCAGAUUCCACCCAGUAUCCCGAGUCAUCCUAUGCAAUACCACAAUGCCUUUCUUUGGACUGGCAAGAGAUCGCGCAAGGUAACCAUGGCACCAUCGCAAACCAUUAAACUGACUUUCUCUGCAAAAAUUUUUAAAACUGGCGUUUUUAACUUGAAUCACUGUCGAGUGCUGGUCAUCUCGGAUGCGAACGAGAAGAACACUUUAAUGGUCAUUCAGAAACCUCCCCCGGUUUGUGUUCUCGUUGUGCGGAACUCCAAUGAAGAUGUAGACACAAGGCCGUUAUCGCCGGGGGGGAUGCUGGGUUUAUUUGACUAUGAAGCAGUAAGGUAGCAUUCAGAAAGAGAGGAAGGAAGAUAUAUUAAUAAUGGUACCAGUGAUAUUGAUUGAGCACUUGACUCGAAACCACCAGACUGUAACAGAUUUGAGAAGCUAACAGAUUUUAUUUAAUGCUCCCUGGGGAAAUUUGAAUGGGGAUCACACCUUUUGGCUUCGGAUCCUAACUGCCACUCCCAGCUUCACCAUCAUUUUUUUCAUAUUCAAACGUAAAUGCACAAAGCAAAUUGCCAUCCAGGCAAUUCGGAUACAAAGCUGAAAGAGUGCAGUUAGAAAUAUGCUGCAAUCAAACUUCUCUCUGUCAAACAGUACAAGAAUAAUGUUGAUGUAAAUGGUUUCAAAAGAAACUCGUGCAGGUCACAAACUUUCUCGUCUAAGGACUUUCUCGCCUUUAUGAUGAAAUAGGAGCGCUCUGGUUUGUCAAAAAGUUAUUCUUUAAAACUAAUCCCAAACCCAAUACUGUAGUAUCCCAUUUUAAUGAUAAAAGUACUUAAAAUAUUUUCUCUAAAUCCCAAAGUAUAGUUUUCGCUAAAUUUUCAAAGUUCAUUUUUAAAUUAUAUUAUAUACUGGCAGUAGCCAAAACAUUUUCUAUCGAAACAACGAGUUUUCAGAGGCAAAAAUACGUGUAACGGGACACCUUAACAUUAUUAAUAAAUACUAAUAAUGCCGUAAUUAUACCUCUGCCGAUAUUGAAUGAAAUUGAUUUGAAGUAGAGGAGAUUAAUAGUCAUUAAAAAAAGAUAU